CGUUUGUCAUCAUUUGUGUGUUGCGAUAAAAUCAUAAAUCUUAAAAACUAAACAAUGGAUGUUCAAAUACCGUUUAUAGCUCAUCAUUCUGUAGGACAAACUUUUGAAGAAAUUCUACCAUCUACGUCUGCAUACAUUAAAAAACAGCCAGAGUUUUUGGAAAGUGGAUGCAUUUUGAAAAAAGAUGCCUUACAGGCUGUGAAACUGGAUCCCGCAGUUUUGGAGGCACAAAUAACAGUGGAAACGAGAAAAAUCGAUGGAACCGAUUCUACACAAACUCAAGUUUCUUCACAAGGAAGUGAAUUACCCGCUGAGGCUCUGCGUGUCGACUUCAAGAAAAUUGUGUCAAUGCACGAGACAGCACUCCUCUCUUUGACUCCGGAUCAGUAUCAGUUCCUGCUAAUUUACGUCGAAGCUCUUCGCCAGAAGCGAAUUGGUUUACAAAAGCAUUUUGAGUGCGCCUUCUGUAAGAAAAAUGGGGAGUCAGUGUCAUGGUACAGAACGCAUGCUCUGAAGGAUGGGCGCGGUCGGGUGAAGUGCCCUGUACUUAGAGGGUUCCGCUGCCCGCGCUGUGGGGCCACCGGGGACCGAGCUCACACCAUUAAAUAUUGCCCACAGAACUCCGAUUAAUUAAGGUUGUGGGGACACCUGUUUUUAGCUAUCUGCUGCUUUGCUGUAGAGAAAAAACUCCAUUGAAUUUUAUUUUUAAACAAGAAAUAAAUAAUAAUUACACUC